GAUCCUUUACAUGGCUAUUUCUCAGCCGUAGCUGGAAGUGAUCAACAAAUAGAUGCUCAUGAGUUACAAAGAUGUUUAACACAAUCUGGAAUUGCUGGUAAUUACCAACAGUUCAGCCUCGACACUUGCAGGAUAAUGAUUGCAAUGCUCGACUACGACUACAGUGGAAAGAUGGGAUUCCAAGAAUUUAAACAAUUAUGGGGAUGUCUAAGUCAAUGGAAAACUACAUUCCUUCAAUACGACAGCGAUCGAUCUGGAACUUGUGAACCUCACGAACUUUAUGCGGCUAUAGCGAGUUUCGGAUACCGCUUGAGUCCUCAAGCCUUGAAUAUAAUGGUAAAGCGUUAUUCGGAUAAUGGAAGAAUUGCCUUUGACAAUUUCAUAAGUUGCAUUACUCGGCUGAAAACGCUGACAGAGCGAUUCCAACAACGUGACACUGCUAAAAAUGGCAUGGUGCAAUUUCAUUAUGACGAUGUAAGGAGUGCAAAAUUUCCUUCUUGUUAA